ACAUCUCGCGCCGCCUCUGUCCUCCUGUCUGACCCCUGCUUCCAGCUUCACUCCAUCCAGCACCUGCUGGGAGACCCAGGAGAGUCCUCUGGACCUGCAGCCGCCUCCUCCGGUCCUGCAGUCGGGUCUUUGGGUUCCUCUGUGGUUCCAGCGGUUCCUGCAGCUGUGGGGAACUCCUCGGAGCGGAAACAUUUCUCCCUGCAUGCGUAUACAGAUUACAUCAGUGAGGAGGAGAAGCAGAAGGUUGAGGUGAUGCUGGAGUUCCUCACCGAGGAGUCCAAACAGGCUGCAGCCUCUACUGCACCCACCUGUGAGGAGGACCUCUGUCCGAUCUGCUAUGCUCACUCCAUCUCUGCCAUCUUUAAGCCCUGCUCUCAUAAAUCCUGCAAAGCCUGCAUCAACCAGCACCUGAUGAACAACAAGGACUGUUUCUUCUGCAAGGCCACCAUCACCGGUGUGGAGGACUACUGCAAGCCCGCCUCCUCAUAACACA